CUGACAAAUUGUAUUUAUAUUGAUAGGUUCAUGGAAUGACUUCCUCAAGGUGUGGAUGGACAUGCCAGGAAGAGUAAAUUUACAUCUUUCCUUUUUUUACGGGCAAUGCAACGGCAAAGUCCACGUCACAUGACAGGCCUGGGUUGCCACUUGUGUAUGCGGGGGAGCCAGUCAUUUCAUCCGCCUUUCUCGACCACCGCCCCUCUUACCGAGCACCUUUCUUUAUAAAGACAAUGGCAGCUCCCGAUGGAUAUUAUCAUUAUUCCAUGAAAGAAGUGCAGCCUCUGAAUGCCUAAAACAGGAAAGUUCACACCCCUGCUCGAGUGCUUGAUCAUCCUUGUCGCUUCAGAUUCAUGCCUUGCCUUUGGUGGCUAUAAAGCGGUCGUCUAGCCACCUUAUUGGAGGCACCUUGCUCAAGACCACCACUUCUAUUUCCACUAUCUGCCCAUGCAGGGAUCUGCAGGGUGCUUUUCCAGGAUUCCAAGUACAUACAUCCCUAAUUUUUCCUCCAUGAUCAUGGAGCCCUCGAGCAUAGAAAAUUCACGGGCUGGAUACAGCCAUGGUUAUUCUGCGGAUGUGGAUACCAUUCGUGAACAGGAGUACCCCUUGUUGAAUGAGACAAUAUAUCUUGAUCAUGCUGGCACAACGCCAUAUGCCAAGUCUAUGAUUGAGGAGUUUUCUCGGCAAAUGACAUCAAACUUAUUCGGAAACCCCCAUUCAAUGUCUCUGUCAUCGCAGCUUUCUACACAGCGGACGGACGAUGUUCGCCUGAGAAUUCUCCAAUUUUUCAACGCAGACCCUGAAGAGUAUGAUCUCGUCUUUGUGGCUAAUGCAACCGCAGCCAUUAAAUUACUCGCUGAUUCUCUGCGGGACUCUGACCAUCGCGGAUUUUGGUAUGGCUACCAUGCUGAUGCCCACACCAGUCUUGUUGGUGUACGUGAAUUAGCAGAAAUGGGACACCAAUGUUUUCAGAGCGACGCAGAAGUAGAUUCUUGGAUCUCUGAACUCCCAGACAUUCAGACAAAGGCGCCCAAGCUCAUUGCAUUCCCAGCCCAGUCGAACCUGAAUGGCCGUCGCCUUCCUCUCAGAUGGUGUAAGGAAGUGCGUUCGGCAUCCCGGCAAAGUGGAGGGAAUGUAUACACACUACUUGACGCUGCGUCAUUCGUGUCGACGGCGCCGCUUGACAUCGGUGCAGUGGCGCCAGACUUUACAGCACUCAGCUUCUAUAAGAUCUUUGGAUUCCCAGAUUUGGGGGCGCUGAUUGUCAGAAAGAGCGCUGCACGUGUAUUCGAGAGGCGCAGAUAUUUUGGGGGAGGCACCGUCGACAUGGUCAUUGCAGCAGGUGCACAAUGGCAUGCAAAGAAGGAGUCUUCUAUCCAUGACCGACUUGAGGAUGGCACCUUGCCUUUCCACAGCAUCGUGGCUCUCGACGCCGCCCUGGACACCCACAAACGUCUAUAUGGCUCUAUGGCAAAUAUUUCCACGCACACUACCUUCCUCGCCAAGCGACUGUUUGACCGCAUUUCUCUCUUGACUCAUUGGAAUCAGAAGAACGUAUGCCAGAUUUACCAGACGAAUUCUGUCUAUGGAUGUACUAUGACCCAAGGGCCCAUACUUGCCUUCAAUAUACGAAAUAGCCAGGGCGAAUUUAUUCCCAAGACUGAGGUGGAGAAGUUGGCAACCGUCCAGAACAUUCAAAUUCGAACUGGGUCAGUUUGCAACCCUGGAGGUACUGCAAGCGCUCUUGGCUGGUCGGGCUCAGAUUUGCGUCGCCAUUACUCUACCGGUCUACGUUGUGGAGAUGCCCAUGAUAUUAUCGGGGGACGACCAACGGGCAUCCUGCGUGUCAGUUUUGGUGCAAUGACGAAUAUGAAGGAUAUUGACUCUAUUGUUGACUUUAUCGAGGAGUUUUACGUGGAGAAGAUUCCUCCUGUCGUUGCUUUGAAUCCACCUAUCGAGGAGACUGGCUUUGUUGAACGUCACUUCUACAUUGAGAGUCUCUCGGUCUUUCCCAUAAAAAGCUGCGGUGCCUUCAAAAUUCCAGAGGGCAAGCGCUGGGAAGUCAAAAGAGAGGGAUUGGCCUGGGACCGAGAAUGGUGUCUGAUUCACCAGGGUACUGGUGCCGCUUUGAACCAAAAGAGGUAUCCACGCAUGGCCCUCAUUCGCCCUGCUAUCGAUCUUGACCGGGGUAUCCUACGUAUCACCUGUGGUAUACUAGCCGACCAAGUGAGCCUUGAGAUCUCACUUGGGUGGGAAGACACCAGCCUCAUUUCCACAUCACUGUGCACAAACAGCAAACGGCCAUCUAUGGUCUGCGGCGAUCGAAUCUCCCUACAUGCUUAUUCUUCACCAGUGGUAUCCGCAUUCUUCUCCGACUACCUUGGUGUGCCUUGCACUCUCGCCAGGUUCCCACCUCAAACUGCCAACCGAUACUCACGACCGCGUCGAAUGCCCAGCACAUGGAAAAACAGAUUCCGAAAGCUUAUCAUGCCCGGUUCAUUCCCGCCUGACCUCCCACCUCCUGUCCGCGAGACGAAUGUUAAUCCUCUCCUGCUUUCCAAUGAAAUGCCAAUUUUGGUCGUCUCGCGCUCAUCCGUCAACCGUCUUAACGAAAAGAUCAAGGCCAAUACCAAGCCUGGUACGGGUGGAAGUAAGGCUGUUGCCGCAGAUGUCUUCCGAGGGAACAUCAUCGUGGCUGAACGACUUGCCCAAUUCGGAGAGGCGGAGCAGCCCUAUGCCGAGGACCACUGGUCAUCUAUUCGGAUCGGCCCAGAUCAGCUCCGAGUUGAUGUUUUGGAUGCCUGUCAGCGAUGCCAAAUGGUCUGCAUCGACCAGUUCACGGGCCUUCGAAGCGAGGAGCCGUUCUCUACCCUUGCGAAAUCAAGAAAUCUAAAUGGCAAAGUUUGUUUCGGUAAAUAUGCAGCACUUGCACCGGAAGAGACAGAGGGCUUUGAAUCACGGCCUGAACAUAGGACGGUCAUGGUGGGAGAUAUUGUUAUGCCUUUAUACCAUGAUCAAUGAUUGCAUGGGAACAGACACUUAUUUUGAGCGUUCGGGGGACCUCUUUUUCCUAGCUGACAGCACUACCAUACCCAAAGAGUUGAUCUUGUAUAAUGCUGCUGUUACUGUAUUCAACUUUUUGACGUGUUCGAAUAGCGUUUGUACAAUAUCCCGGGAACUCAUUUCUAAACAUAUCCAUGGAUCGAUGCAAUUUCUCCAGAUACAGGGAGCUCCUUUCAGUUUAGCAUUGUCCCACAUGUACCAUACUCGAGCUUAAAUUCUGAAACAAAACAUCAAGGUUGAACUCCCAGUCAAGCCACUAGAAAUAAAAACAAGUUCUACCACGCCUUUGCAUUUUCAAUUUGAGCUGCUUACCAUCGGGACCAGGUCCAUUGACCUCUCUCGCCUAUCACGCCCUUAACUACAAG